UGGUGUGUCCAAAUUGAGUGUUAGAUCUUCUUAUUUGUUAAUAUUAUGUUUUAUUAUUUUAAUUUGAAACAGAUGGACGGAAUGGAUUCUAUUAGAACCCUCUAAGUGGACCCCACAUGGCCCGAGAGUCACAUUACUGUAAAUCUGCUGCAAACUACCGAAUUAUUUUCAUCAUUUCCUUAUGCCAAAACGCAAUAAACCCUCAUUUCAACCGUUUCCCUCUCCCUCUCCCUCUCCCUCUCACUCUCCCUCCUCUCUCGAAAUCCGCCAAACACUCAUCUCUCUCUUCCAGAAAGCAACACAGCCACCUCCACCAGUUAUUGAUACCAAUCCCUACAAUGUAUUCAGGCCUAGGGAGAAAGCCCAUCGGCCCCACACAAGAAGGAUGCAAAGGCUGGAGAACAAUGUUCAGUCCUUUGAAAAGCUUCGCCAGGUCAGCCAAGGGUGCUUAGCUUAUGUGAGCCUCGCCAAGGCAUCAGGUUGACAUAGGAGCAGAUGAGAAGAAUAUGUGAGGGGACACCUUAAAUGAAGGGGUUUUUUUUCACCCUCGGAAACCCAGCUUCCCCAUAUUAACCCUCUGAACCCAUUUUCUCCAUAUAAUUUAGAUCACAAAAGUUUGGGUUCAUGGGAUAUGAUUUUCCUAUAUAUUUUCUUCCACUAGUACUUUAGGAUCACUAAUUCAAAUUUCUUGAUGGUUAAUUGAGCUUUUGUUGGUGACGCGGAAGAGAUUGAGAAUGAUUUUCUUGGAAGCCUACACUUUCAAAUGGAAUUUUCAAUAUCUCUAAUUUGAGUAGUUUAAGUAAGUACCUUGAUUUAAUCUUUUUAAUGGUUUAGCUUGAGUGAUCAAUUGACUAUGUUUCAUGUGGUUAUAACUUCACAAUUAAACUACUUGUAUGACUCACUUCACACAUGAAAGCAGCAAAUAGACGGGAUAAUUCUCAUAUUUGAUUUCGUGUUUGGAGUGUAAGAUUGUAACCAAUUUAGGAGAAUUUGGAGAAAUUUUGAAAUUUCCCUAAAUUAGGCUGCCUGCCCUCAAAAUUUGAAAUUAGAGUGUACGUGAUGAUGAUUUCAUCAAACACUCCUAAAUACUAUGAAAUUAGACUCAAUUGACUGCUGUUACAAGAGAAAUUUCGGAAAAAAAAAUAAUUAAAAAAAAUCUGAAAAAUCACAAAAAAUUUAAGAAUAAGUAGAUCGGGCCUCAUACAUGUUUGAUUUUGUGUUUGGAGUGUAAGAUUGUAACCAAUUUGGGAGAAUUUAGGAAAAUUUUGAAAUGUAGAUUGUUCUCCCAAAAGGUUGCAAACGAUGGAUCGAAAUCUACCUGCAAUCUGUUUAGAAGAAGAGAAGAUAGAUGGAAAAAGUGAAAA